AUGAGUUAUUAAAAUCAUUCUUAAAAGUUUCCUUUUGAUAAUUUAGGCCUGUAAGGGUAACAGCAAGUACCAAUGUUUUAGUAGGUUUACUACUCUUAACAACAUUAAUUAUAUGGAUUUGAAUUAUAACAAUUCUCAUCAUUGAAUUAUAAUGGAUAUGGCUAUUAUGUCUCGCCGCAAAGUAAUAAAGUUUAAUGUAUGUUCAGUGCCAUAAUAUCAUAUUUCUCCUCAACAACUAACACCUCUUGAUAGUAUAAGCAGUAAUAGUAUUAGUUUAAAUGGUAAUUGAAUUUUUGUAUUAUGUAUAAUCAGAUGAAGGAAUAAAAAAGAAAAAGAAAAAUAAGUCUAAUAAAUCUAAGAAGGAUAAAAAGAAGAAAAGAAAGAGAGGUUGAUAUUUUUAUUAUUGAAAGCCAGUAGUAGUAGUUCUUCUUUUAGUAGUAGUGAUUCUAGUAUGAGAAGUAGCAGGAGCGAUAGUCAGUAUGAAAAUAUAAAUAAAUCUUUGAUAGAAUAAAGAAAAAAACUACAUCCUUUUUACAUAAUGAGGAUAAUUGGAAAUGCAAGUAUUGUUAUAAUAUUAAUUUCCGUCAUCGUGAAGAAUGCAAUAGAUGCAGAAAGAGUAGAGAUUAAGCUGUAAGUAUAUUAUUAUAAAAUCUUUCUUAGGAUAGCAGAGUAAAAAGGUUUAUUCCACACCCAAAUGAUUGGAAAUGUAAUAUUUGUGAAAAUUUCAAUUUUGCUAGAAGAAGGAGAUGUAAUAGAUGUAAAACAGAAAAAUCAUAAGCAACUCUAUCUUAACAUUCCGAAUGA